UGUUUAUUUUCUAUUAGGUGUGACAGCUGGCAAGAGGUGCACAGUGUGUUGCGAAUAUUCAGUCACUGCUUAGAUAGCGAACAGAGUGGGAGAGAUUUGUGUUUAGUUCUGACUAUCUCCCUGCCUGCUGAAUCCUGGAAAACGGAUCUUGGGAUAUAACUACCUUAACAGCCUAUUCCCAGAGCCACGAGCAGACGGUAGAGCAGUUAUCGUGAAGCCCUCUGCGGCAAUAAUACUCCUCUAUUCAGUCGUGAAAAUUGGGGUUUUGGAAGGCCAAGGCCAAGACACGAUGUUAGCAAAGAGCUGUCCGGGCCGAGCUCUGUUCAGCUCGCCGCCUGGCGUGACAGCAUGAUUGAUGUGUGACUAUGCCCCUCUAUUUCCGUACCAACAGAGUGAACCGUGCUAGCAUCUCGUCAUCAUCGUCAUCAACAGCAGCAGCGGCAGUUGUGGUAGCUCGACCGUCGGAGCCUGGCGAGGCAGCAGCUACAUGGAUGGUUAUGGGGAGAGGACAGCGCUUUCACCGCGCGUCGCCGGCCCAAGCCACGGCCGUUAUUCUCUACGUGCUCCUAAUCGUCGCCAUGUUGAUCUCCACAGUGUCCUCCGAGUGUAAACUGAAGAAGUGUUCCCAGAGAUACUCGCAGAAGCUUUCCGAGAACGUGCGCCGAAACCCCAACCGGAGAUACUGCCAGGCCCUGGUGGACUACAAGAAAUGCGUGAUGGACAUCCCUCCCCGGUCCUGCCGUGGGGAGCUGAACUACCAUUCCACCCUCUCCAUCAUCCCGGACUUGAUGGAGCAGAAUAACUGCGAAGCCAUUUUGGCCGAGGCUGAGGCCACAACCACCCCGUUGCCCAGUGGUGCAACCCCGCCAGCUCGUCGGGGCACCGCCGUUCCCCCACCAGCCCCGGAGUUUUACGAUACUUGUGACUAUCACGGGGAGAGGUCCUACAAGAGCUGCAGCCUGUUUGGGGACCCUCACCUCAGGACUUUUGACGGGUACUUUCAGACUUGCCGUGUGGCUGGAGCCUGGCCCGUCUUCUACAAUAAAUAUGUGGCUGCCCAGGUGACAAAUGUCCAACUUCUCCAUGGAUCAGGUGCUACAGCCACAACCAAGUUGUCCGUGAUCAUCAAGGGACAUCAUGAGUGUGCCGAUCGCAAGCUGUACCUCGCCCAGACCGGCAACCUCCCCGGGGCUUUUGUGGACGGCACGAAGAGCUCUGGUCCCGGAGGCAGGGGUGUGGUCGUCUAUGAGAUAGUGCCCGACAAACACGUGGAGAUCCACAUCCGAUAUAUCGGCACCGUCAUCAUCAUCCGACAGAUCGGGGAGUACCUUCUUUUCUCGGUCCGCAUGCCUGAGGAGAUCAUCAAGAGGCAGGGACCGGAGGACCUUCAGCUGUGCGUCCGGGGAUGCCCCGGGAGGGAGAAGAUCGACUACGUGGAGUUUCUUAAACAAACCAAAGACGUGGACAAGGAGAAACUACAAAGCGCCAUUGCCAAGUGCCGGAAGACCAACGUCAUCGACGUGUACCUGGACUCCUGUGUGUUUGAUUUGCUGACGACAAGUGAUGACAAUUUCACCAACGCGGCUGAGAACGCUCUGCGAGAUAUCUCGCGCCUCCAGCCCAACGCAUCCCUGUCCCUCCACAACAGAACUAGUGUCUUUGAAGACAAUAAAAUACUGGCAGCUCUGCCUCCGAGGAGGAACAGCGCGCCCCCAAGAACUCGCAGUUCCAUCACUGCCUACACACAUUUUGCAAUAGUGUUACUGGCACUUUGGGCGUCGCAUCGGUUAACGACGUGAACAAGCAAAAGACUGUAGCAUAGAUGCAACUUAUUUCUGUUAACUAUCAAUAUUAUUUUGCAAAACUUAAACAAAACUUAUGAUAUAUAUAUUGUACAUAGAAGUGUACAUAACUAUACAGAAGUUAAAAUGCUAGCCACAUUGUACCACCGUUUAUAAUUAUUGCUAAGAUGUACAUAAUGGUCAGGAUAAAAUACUAUAUGAUCUGAAGUGUAUUUAAUUAAUAUUUUGCAGUCAUUGUAAACAGAAGAGACUGUAUUACAGCAGACGUUAACGUCUCUUUAUACAAGAUAUGAAAGUGUGUUAUUAAUAUUAUACAGAAAGCAAGCUCCGAACUGUAAAUGUGUCAUCUUUGCUACCUCAUUUGGGAAACAAAUAUUUAAAAUCCCACAAUGAGCUGAAAUUAGAAAUACAAACAUGUACUUAAAAAUGGCAACUUGUAGAACGCAUAAGUAAAUUACGAAAAUCCUAACCAGUCUGCAGUGACUUGUGUCAACAUGAUAAAUCACGAGAGGACGCUGUUUCAAUUGGAGACUUUUGAGACGCUGGGUGGUGGCAAACACGGUCCUUUUCAAUUGUCAGCUAAUGUGCGCAUGUUAAAAAUGACCAAACAAUUCAAGAGGAUUGGUGUGUUUUGCUGCCACGUCUCACAAGUCUCCCAUUGGAACAUGGGUUGUCCUUCCCUCUGUUUGGGUUGUCAUUUCUUGAAAUGUCUUCCUUUUUUCGAAACACUCUUAAACUAGUCCAACAUUUUUCAUCGAUAAAAGGAAGAUAUACAGACAUUCACUUCUAUAACCGGCGCACAGAAUUUAUUUUUCUUGUGUAGGUGGUGCAUUGUUACUUAACAUGCAGACUACUCUCAAACAAACUUGUGUGCCCGAUCUGACAAGAAAAGUGAAUGCAUUCAAAACACAUUUUUCGAAUUGCUUACAAGCAAAGUCCACUUUGUGAAGAUCCACUGUUAAGAACUUUCUUUCAAUUCAGGAAACAGUGAGUUGGUUAACCGUGCACGCUUGUUGCGCGUGUAAUUUCAAUCUCCACACAACAUUGAGCGUUUUUGGUACUAGAAGACGCCGUGUUUUUUAGGCCCAAAAAACGCGUCUGUAUAUCAAUUCAGAAUUUCAUGUGGGCCUCAAAAUCACUUUAUUCGCGACAUUGGUUAAUCUGUGCACAAUGCUAUCCGCACCAACGAAAUGUUAUUCAAUUGUGCUAUUCUGUUCUUCCAUUUUUAUAUAUUUUUCUUGCUUAUUUUGGUAAAAGUAUUCUUUGUCACGGCAUAUAUAACAUAAUUAUUUCGCGUGAACAGUUACUUGAGAUUCCAGUAACACCUGUAAUAGUUGUAAUGCAUUCAGAUAUCCAUUGACAGCUUGCUACGUGAAUAGUACAUUGUUUUCUUAGUAGGAGUCAACUCGAUAAUCCGACAAAGUUCCGGAUGAGUAUUUGGGGGAAAAAUUGCAACCUGACGCCACUUCCGCGAUUGUGUACAAAGUCUAUGGAGAGUCAAGAACAUUUUCAAAGUAUUUCCUAACAAAAUUGAUAAUGUUUCUCAAUCCCACAUUCAUGCCUUGUCAAUUUUGCAAUGAAUGACCUUCAUUGAGAUGAUAUACAAUGUAUGAAGAAAAAAAGUGGCUUUAGGUUGCAACAUUUUUUCCCCGAAUAUUUUCCCGAUAGGGAUCGUUUUGUCCCUUGAACAUGAUCACUCUGGAGAAUCUUGUAGGGAAAGGUUCAUAACAUCCAUUACUUAACUGAGUUGAACUGAUUUCAAAACAGUGGUCUCGGAAUAUCACGGACCGGCAAAUUAUAGCAAGCUCAUCGGGAAAAAGUUUCAACUUUUCUUGUAUUUAUUUUUGAGAUGACACCUUGGCAUUCAUUAUUUUGAGCAUGAACAAAAUUGCACCGCAUCAUGGUAUCAAAAACAGACAACACAGUUUGCGAAGGUACAUUAUUAUCCAGGGGGACUUCUGUCUGUUGAAAAUUAACAGUUUUAGUGAAGAUUGAUAAUUAUUAUGUGAAAUUUAUUUAUGUUUCAAGGUCUACAACGGAGACCUUCCCGUGGGUUUCCUUGAUUGUGUGGCCGGGUUCGCCGCAACUCCCAACCCUUGCUUCAGUUUAAUCGAAGCUGUAUUUAAACGGACUGUACAUUUUAAUGGCAACUACAUGUAUACCCGUGGCUUACAUGGCCAUGUUAUGCUGAUGACAAUGCUGAUUUUUUGCAGUUUCUGACAGAAAUAAAAAUUUAUAAGUAAAACGA